AUGGGGUGUGGCCUGAUGGGCAAAGGGGUGUGGCCAUGGUGGGUGGGGCUGACAUGUUGCCCCCACCCCCUCAUCCUCCUCAGCCGUGGCGACCUAGGCCUGGAGCGGAGCGGGGCUGGGAGCCUGCGCUGCCCAGUCCUGCUGGUGGUCGGUGACAACUCCCCGCACGAGGACGCUGUGGUUGAGUGCAACGCCAAACUGGACCCGACGCAAACGUCCUUCCUGAAGAUGGCCGAUGGUGGUGGGCAGCCGCAGAUCGCCCAGCCCGGCCGGCUGACCGAGGCCAUCAAGUACUUCCUGCAGGGCAUGGGCUACAUGGCCGCCUCCGCCAUGACGCGCCU